UUUGCAGAUGGAACCAGUCCACAGUGAAACUGUCCUUACCGGCAUUGUGCAGACUGCGACUCUGCAGAGGGACCUAGCCCUAACUGACUGCACAGAGAUAAUUCAGACAGACAUGUCAACCACCAAUGAGGUAUCCACAAAUGACACUGUCAAUGUGGUCAGUGUCCCCAGCUGCACUCAGGAAGUUGAACUUGACCUCACCCUUGACCUCAGCAAUGAUUUCUGCUCUCCGAAAGUGGAGGAAGAUGACAAUAUGGCUGAUGUUCAUGUCAGUGCUGCUGACAGUAUUGAAGAGACUGGGUGCCAGGCGUCUGUUAGGCUUAAUAGCAGAUUUCCCCAGGUGUCUUUGCUUUGGAUGCCCAUCCUUGACGCCCAUGUUAGCGUCCCGCCAACCCGCUUCCGCCUCCUCCCAGGGGUCAAAGGGCAGCAAACUAUCGUUCAGGUGAUCCAGAUGGACGCGCCGCAACCAGAGUCUCCUUGCGCCUCUAUGUCGAGCCCAGACAGUCUGAGGAGCACCCAACAGCUACGCCCCCUCCUGGCCAGGAGGAAACACUGCACAGCAUGUAGGAUGUCAGGGAAUCUCAUCCUGUGUGUCGUGUGUGGACGGCGCUUCCACAGGGAGUGUCAUGUUCCACCCAUCUAUUCCUUAUCAACUGAGAGCUGGCAGUGUAUGCUGUGCCGGGACAACACUGAUCUGGCAUUGCUGCAGGACUACAGCGGGACCGACGGGGGACUGUGUAUGAGCCCUCCUGACCAAAUGCUCUCUUCCCGGUCUUCUCACAACAUUGACAUCACCAUGAUAUGGGGAAGGUUGCUACGGAAACUGGUCCCCCCUUACUGCACCCCGUCAGAAUUUGUGUCCGAUGUCUGGCUUCUCCUCCACACACUGUUGAAGAGCGUGAAGUCAGUGGACUGACUUCAGGCAUGUUUUGGGAACGAGCUGGGCAAAACGUUGGACACCCUUCGCUGCUCGUCAAUCCCCACCAAGGGGAGGCGGAACAAGAGGGGGACAAGGAGAAAGUGACCAUGAGGAAGAAUCCGAGACCUCUCGAGGUAGAGCGUGCAGGCGAAGACAUUUCACGCAGGACGAAAUGAAAGAUAAAGAAUGGGAAAAGAAGCCUGUCUUUUUAUGUAUUGAUUUGAAUUGCUUGCUGAACAUGUUUGUACAUACAGUUGCCUCCAAAUAUAUUGGAACCACACUCAUCUUUUAAAAAUUCUGUUUUCUAAAAUAACAUUUCAUUUUCUGAAAAUGGGUUUUUGGCCGCAACUGUAGUUGGUUAAAAACAUUGGGGAUAAAGUGUUUCAAGUGUUUUUGUGUGUGUGCAUCUUUAUAUUUCGUAUCUAUUUACAAUAAACAUUUUUGUGUGCA